AUGCUAGCGUAUAGGGAACACCAGCGCUUAAUCACUCAGCUUCCUGCAGCCGAAACAUGUUUAUCUAAGACUCUCGAUUCUAGACGCAAGAGGACUCGACUUAUUUUACGGCAAACUAGGCAUAGACAACAUCACAUAAAGCGUAGAAAGCAUAGAAUCUCUUCUCAUCAAAGACCAAUGCGAAGUCAUGUCUUCUCCACGCAGUCCCAAGAAUCACCACUGCCUACUUCCUUAUCAGGGAAGAGGACCCAUCACCCUAGAAAACUUCGCGUACCCUAUCGUAUUCGCCGAUCUCAUGUUGGACAUAAUUUGUAUAGUCAUCGCUACCAUCACCAUCAACCGCUUCGAAGUCAUCAUCUAAAUGAUCUUCCUCGGUCGCAUUUAAUUUCACCGUUUCGAUCCCCUAAACAGACCCCCCAGCCCCUCUCUGAAUACCUGACGCGCGUGUUUGCUCCGCCACCUGCUGAAGCCGUUCAGGUAUACCGAGCAAUACGCAUGUCAGCACAGAGUUUGAGCUAUGAACCUGCAAGCCUACCAGUCGACCUUCUCGGCAGGUUGCUACCGCCUGUCUGGCGCCCAGUGAACAACCUAAUUGUAAAGGCAUCAGCACCAAACAGUUAUGAUCCCUCGGUACCGCCAGGCCGGCUAAUGAAGCUAUUAGAUACUGCGCAAGCAGCCGCAGUAGAGACCUGCUGCCUGUUACCGCGCACCGCCUGCCUAGAGCCGGGGACUGGCUUGCUGCAUACCUCAUUCGAUAUUGGACUUGCACUUGCCUGCUUCCAUCCCAUCAGCUUUAUUGAUCACCCUAAAAUGCCUUCUUCUUGGAGCGGCAACUGUUAUGACCGUCGGCCUCCUGUUCUUCUACUGGCUUUGCAGGUGGAUGGGACUGCAGUUAAUUGGUAUGAUCUUGACGGCAGCUUAAUCAAAUCAGUUGCUGUGCCUUGCUUACCAGUCGCAUUAUUUCGCGCUCUCCUUCAACGCGUACUAACGGGCCAUAAUCUGGUUUCUAGAAGUUCGACAAUGGAGCGGGUUAUUUUUACCCUUGUCCCAACAUUCGCCUCUGAGCCUCUAGUUGCUUCGCAACCCACAGUAUUAAAACAAAGGCUACAAAGUGAGGUCUCAUUCGACACAAAACUAUUCUCUCCUCGUCGAUCAUCUUUAACCUUUUUCACUGGCUGUCUUAAGAAGACCCUAGGAAGAGCACGUCUUAGCAAUGGGGGAUCGCACGCUCAUGUUCCUAAGACUUCUACCUCUGAAUCAACUUUGCUGGCGACGCUUCUGCCUUAUUUCGCUCGGAAACUAAGCUCUGUCUCUACCAAAUCAUUAAAUAGUUUGUCAAACUCGUGGAAAUCCUUCGGCGACUCACCAAAUUUCCGAGACUCUACGACUCAUGAGUUAACAGAACCUGUUACGGCCGGUCUCAGUCUUCUACAGAUUGAUUUGCUUUCAGGUCAACACGUUGUUUGUGCUAAACUGACCGCACCAGGCUGGGCCGAAAUUUUUAAACAAGCAAGUCCCGAAUUUGUUACUCGCGACUGGGUUGUUGCCCUGCUCCAUCGGCAUCGACGCCUCUACGUCGGUAGACUAGGCGGAACUGACAGACCUGAUCGACUAGUUGUGAGA